AUGGAUCCAGAAACAUCGGCCCAUGCCGCUAAAACACCCACUGCACAUGCAUCCAUGCCUGUUACCCCCGAGGGGAGGAAGGGCGACAACCCUGCAGGACAUCAGCUUAACCUGGACCCGGUUAUCCAUCCUAUUGCCGGCGUUCUGAGUCGAGAUUUGAAGCAUAUCAAUGAUGAUGUCAAGGUCUCCUUUUUAGAUGUUUUCGCCGAGCCGGAUGAUAUUCAUAGUUUUGAUGCAAUCUGGACCACCAGCGAGUCCGUGUUCACGAUGUCCAGAUUGUGGUGUUAUCGUAUACUGAGUGCCAUAUGUGCGAUACCCUGUGCUAUUUUCUGGGGGAUCAACUUCUCCUGUUUGGCCUUCUGUACCAUCUGGGACGCCACGCCCCUGAUUAGGAGCUAUAGAGUAAUUCUGAGGCCAUGUGCUGCCCUUUGGAAGUUGUGUCUUCUGAGUUUCUGUGACCCUUGCUACGAGUCGUGUGGAAAAUUAUUCAGUAACGUAACUGUCUCCGUAUUGAACAAGACAAAAUCACCCAAAUAG